GACUGCGUUUACACGUGCAGGGAGCAUGCAUUUGUAAUUUUGAACUCUGCGCUUUUAGAAAAGACCCCACCAUAUAUCGUUUGUUUUGUUGACGGAAACACUGAAAAUUAUCCAGAUAAUGGCAUUCCUGAAUCAUUUUAGGACUGCAUACUUGAAAAGUUUUCAAGGUGACCGGCUAAAUAAGCAGCUGUUCUUCAUUUUACGCGCCUUACACAAGUCAGCAUCCAGCGAAGCUUUGGGAAUCUCCGCAGCUGGAGAGGAGGCCAUACCUCAAAAACUGAUCACACCGGCGGAUGUCGGCGAGAAACCCCGUGUCAAGACCCUGAAGGAGAUGCCCGGACCCAGCACCCUAUCCAACUUCAUCGAGUUCUUCUGGAGAGACGGGUUUAGCAGAAUUCAUGAAAUUCAGAUGGAGCACAGAAAGAAGUAUGGAAAAAUCUUCAAGUCCCGCUUCGGCCCCCAGCUGGUGGUCUCGAUCGCAGACCGUGACCUGGUGGCUCAGGUGCUGAGGGCCGAGUGCAUGGCCCCUCAGAGAGCCAACAUGGAGUCCUGGAAGGAGUACAGAGACAUGAGAGGCCGUUCCACUGGCCUCAUUUCAGCUGAGGGAGAAGAGUGGCUGAAGAUGCGGAGCGUGCUCAGACAGCUCAUCAUGCGACCCCGUGAUGUAGCCGUCUUCUCUGAUGACGUGAACAAAGUGGUAGACGACUUGAUCAAGAGAGUUUGUAUUCUGCGCACCCAGGAGUCUGAUGGUGCAACUGUCCUGAACAUGAAUGACCUCUUCUUCAAAUAUGCCAUGGAAGGUGUGGCAGCCAUUUUGUACGAGUGCCGACUUGGCUGUUUGGAAAAUGAUAUUCCCCAGGAAACCCAAGACUACAUCCAUGCGCUGCACCUCAUGUUCAGCUCCUUCAAGACAACCAUGUAUGCUGGGGCGAUCCCCAAGUGGCUCCGGCCUGUCAUUCCCAAACCGUGGGAGGAAUUCUGUCUCUCCUGGGAUGGCCUCUUCAAAUUCAGCCUUAUUCACGUUGAUAAGAGGCUCGCAGAGAUCAAGGCCCAGCUUGAGCGGGGAGAGGAGGUGAAGGGGGGACUACUCACACACAUGCUCAUUACCAAGGAGAUGAGUCUGGAGGAGAUCUACGCCAACGUAACGGAGAUGCUACUGGCCGGGGUUGACACGACAUCCUUCACCCUGUCAUGGGCCAGCUACCUGUUAGCGCGGCAUCCUCAUAUACAGCAGAAAAUCUUUACGGAAGUGACAAGGACUCUGGGACCUGGGACAGUCGCCACAGCUGACGAUGUCCCCCGUCUGCCUCUCAUCAGAGGACUGGUCAAAGAGACUCUCAGGCUUUUUCCAGUUCUCCCAGGCAACGGAAGGAUUACCCAGGAUGACUUGGUGGUGGGCGGAUACUUCAUCCCCAAAGGGACUCAGCUGGCUCUGUGCCACUACUCCACAUCUUUGGAAGAAGAGAGCUUUGCUGAUGCCUUAGACUUCCGACCAGAUCGCUGGAUACGGAAAGAUUCCACAGAUCGCGUCGACAACUUUGGCUCGAUUCCCUUUGGCUACGGCAUCAGGAGCUGCAUUGGCAGGAGAAUAGCAGAGUUAGAGAUGCAUCUUGCUCUCAUAAGGCUCAUUCAAAGGUUCCACAUUGGCGUGUCUCCUCUCACUGCUGAUGUUAAAGCCAAAACCCAUGGCCUACUCUGCCCUGCUGCCCCUAUCCACCUGCAGUUCAUCGAGAGGGAAAACUAGACUCUGAGUCCUCUCCAUAAGGUCUACUGUACUGCCAAGAUAUUUUAGCAAGAUGCUUUUCUCUGGCACCACAAUUUGUUUUUGUUCAAACUGUGGAAGAACACUUAAUCACUUGAGUGGCAUUACAUGAUUUUAUUCCAUGUACUGUAUAUCCAUGAAACAUUAAAUACACAGUUACUGUGAGGGGGAAAAAACUUAUGUAUGUAAACAUACGGUAUAUAUUUGAAAUAAAAAUGCUUUUAAGUUUUUAAAAUAAAGUAAUUUGAUCUUCCUUUCAGUUGAAACUAAUUUAAAAAAAAAAAACAAAUUCAUCCAAACCUUGAUGCUCAGCCAGUGAAAAAUGUAUAUCUGUUUGUUCACACAAUAUAUUUGCAUCAAAUAACGUAAUGAGUGUUUUUGAUUUAUAUGCUGUUUGAGUGAAAUACAAGUAUUUUACCAGAAUAUUGGUUACAUUAUGAUUUUACUGAGAGGGACAAUGUAUGUUACAGAACAGUUUGUUGCAAGAGGAAGAGACACGUUGUUGUUGGUUUUUGCCAUUUUGAAGGAUCACAGUGACUCAAAAUAUUGUGCAUGCAGGCAUUGGUCAAAACCAUAGAUUGUUUUUAAAAGAAAUUUAAAAUUCCUUGUGAAGAUCUUUAAAUAUCCAACAAAAACCACACAUAAUGUCAUGUAAAUAGCAUGGUCACUGUAUAAAAUGAUAGACAAUACAUCUAAAUAAAUAAUGUAUCUAUACCAUGUAAUAUUUUGAUAAAAUUCAUGUGACUUUUGUAACCUGACUGAAUCCUUGAUAGAAAAAUGAGUACAAUUAACUUUGAUUAAA